UUCGGGGUUGUGUGUGUGUCACAUGUGUGCGUAUAUAAACGCGGACCACGCUGCUCUUGCCGUUUAUCUGCACUCCGCUGAUCCCUCUCGAUCGGCCUAGGUUUUGCCGGCUAAAAUCAGAUGGGUGACAUGCAAAUCGUCCUGGCCGCAGGCAAAAUCGAGGCGCAGUACGUGGAGAUGAAGGUGCCACUCUACUCCUACGGCUGCGAGAAGAAGAUCAAGAAGGCCCUGUCGCAUCUGAGAGGGAUACACUCGGUUCAGGUGGACUACCAGCAGCAGAAGGUGACGGUGUGGGGGAUCUGCAACCGCGACGACGUGCUCGCGGCCGUUCGGAAGAAGCGGCGAGCGGCGCGGUUCUGGGGCGCCGACCAGCCCGACCUCGGGGAGGACUCGAUGCCGGCAGAUGCUCGUAAGCACUACCUGCAAGCGUUCACCGCGUACAGGUUUAGGAAGUCUUGGAAGAAGCUCUUUCCACUGAUCCGGCUGUGAUCCGGAACUCAAAAGUUUCUGUCACGCGAACACGGGCCGCCGGCUAGUGCGAUUCAGGAGCGGCACCGGGGUUUCGAAUAAAUGUACUCUGUUACUGUCUUUUUUGGGUAGUUGAUAGUAUGUAGAUUGGCAGAUUGCUGUGAUGCCGUGAGUGCAGAACUGACAUCCACGUAUAGUGAGUGGUACCGACUAUUCAGGCAGGGCUUCCUGACUGUGCCAAUGCUGAGCUAACAGUGUUAACUGCGCCAGUGCUAACUUAUUUCGAUUGGAAAAGAGAGAUAUCUCCUCCACUCGUUCCUCGGUUAAACUUUAGUAUUGGCAGCUACUGGGGAUGGUAAUUUUACUGGAAGAUAAUGGGCUUAAAACUUGUGGCCUGUGACAGAGCAGGCCAGCUCUGUUCUGUCUUUUGUCACUAACACGGGCUGCUAAGUUUGUGGCCCAAAAGGUCAACGAGAGAGCAAUGAAAGCGAAGGCAAAUACGCAAUAGGUAAACUGAGUGUGUGUUUUCCCUUUUCAGCUGUGAAUUUUCUUGGUCCA